AUGUUUCUUCGACAGCUAAGCAAGAAGACAUAUAUACGUUGGAACUCCACUAAGAGUACUGGAGAUUUGGGCAAAUAUUCGUCUUUACGGAUUCCAUCUUCGAAUCCUUCACCUUUCUCUUUGAGAAGGAUCGAGGAAGCUACACGGAAGGCCAACGAAUUACUAGAGAGAAAUGCCACAGAGGAGAAACUGGUGAAAGAUAAGCAGACGAGUUCUGUACACGAUAUUCGUGCUGCUCAAUCAAAAUUUGACGAGGUGGCUUUGUCUGACAAAGAGCUACGAGAUCUCCCAGAGAUCUUGGCCAUGAAAAAGCAAGUCGAGCAGCUGAAGAAGGGGGAAAGGCAGCAUCAGAGAACACCUCAGGGUCAUCUGAAACAAACCAAGAGUGAGAAGACCAUUUCUGCUUAUGGACAGAAGGUUUUGAACCAGUUACAGAAGCCGGCAGUGACAAAUAAUCGGUAUAUUUAUGACCCCAAAUUAGACUUAGUGGUAGAUAAACUAAGAGCGCCUACACAAAUAUUAGGAAUGCGGCAUAAGAAGAACUCAGACAAAGAGACGGUAGGGAAAGUGAUAACUGGAUUUCCGGUUUGUCUAGUAUUGAAAACCAUUCCUUCAUCGGGUACUUCGUUGAGGAUCAAAGAAAUGGUUGACUACAUUGAAGGACUCAAUAGAAAUUACAACGACGGAAAGUCUGGAACUGAAAUUAACUUAUUAGAUCCCAAUGAUUACGAGCUUGUCCUUGAUUAUACGAUUCUUUCAGGCUCCAACAUGCUAAAACAGUUUCUUACUGAGGACGAUACCUCUGAAGUCGACAUGAGUUUUCUUUGGCAUAUGCAGGGUAAACAAGAAGUGAUGUUAAUAUUGAUUACGGAGACAGGAUUUCGAAAUUCCUCGUCGUUUUUGCAUCAAUUUGAGGACAGGUUUAGUAAGUAUUUCGAACUUACCGCUUGUAUAUUGAAUGCUCCCAAAUUUCCAGUGCUCUCUUUGAUCAGAAAGCCGGACAGUGACUUGACUAAUAGAGAAAACGAGAUCAUGGAGGAUAAUUUAUACGUGGUAGCUAGUCUGGGACUAGUUAAAGUCUCCAAAAAGAAAGAUGGAACCUUGAUAUUAACGAAGAGGAAAUGA